AUGAAGCUCACACUGCUAGCUUUGUCUUUCUUAUUGACAAUUGUUUCUUGUUCAUUCAUACCUGAUCAAAGCUGGGAGAAUGUCGAGUUCAAAAGAACUAUAGAUAUUGCCAAAUCAUAUUCAAAAGAGAAAAUUGACUUGGUUAUAAAAAAUGUUGAUUCAAAACCAAAUGCUGAAUAUUAUUAUGCUGUUCCAAGUUAUGCUUUUGAUAAAUUGAGUGUUUACGCUUUUUUUUACGCAAAUGGGUUAAAGACUUUAUCAUCCACUUUAAUCAAUGAUACAACAACAGUUAAUAAUGAACCAUUAGUUAACUAUAUCAAAGUUCAACUACCACAACCAAUUGCCCCAAAGCAAACUUUCAAAUUGAGUGCUAAUUUUGCGGUUACUGAUUGUCUGGAACCAUAUCCCCAUAAAAUUGAAUUAACAGAUGAACAAUUCUUAUUAUUGAAAACUAAUAAAUUACCAAUUAGUGCCUACAAGACUUUAGAUUCAUCAUUAGCUAUUGGUGGUAUUUCAGAUGGUAAAGAAUUAGAGCUAGAAGGUAAAGAAAAUCCAUACAAAGGUGUUGUCAAGAAUCAACAAUUGACUUAUGAAUUUAAUGAAGAAAUUAGUCCAUUCAAGUUCACUGUUUUAAACCUAUUAUACAGACACAAUUUACCAUUAACUAAAGUCACAUCAUUACAAAGAGGUGUUUGGGUUUCACACUGGGCUAACUCAUUACAAUUUGAAGAAUUUUACAAAUUGACCAACAAGGCUGCACAAUUGAAGAAUGGGUUUUCAAGAAGUGAUUAUAUGAUGAAUAGACAAAUGUUGAAACAAAGUUCAAGUCUUGCUGCUAUUGAACUUAAACUACCAGAAGAAUCUAAAGAUGUCUACUAUACUGAUUUGGUUGGUAACGUUUCUACUUCAAGAGUGUUUUCAGAUAGAUUAUAUAUCAAACCAAGAUAUCCUAUCUUUGGGGGUUGGAAUUAUAACUUCACUAUUGGAUGGACAAACUCAUUAACUGAACAUUUACGUCAAAGUGGCUCAGAUGAAUACAUUUUAGCUGUUCCAUUUAUCAAUGGUCCUGUUGAUGUAUCAUAUGAUGAAAUUGAAAUUAGUUUCUACUUACCAGAAGGUGCCAAAUUGUUGGAUAUUGCCUCAGUUAUUCCAUAUGAAAAAAAGACUGAGGGCCACGAAUUAUCUUACUUUGAUUUAUCAAAUGGCCAUACCAAGAUCACUUUAACUUUCAACAAUAUUAUUGAUGAUUUAUCACAUUUGGAAUUAGUUAUCAAAUACGAAUAUGGAUUCUGGAGCUUUAUUAAGAAACCAUUAGAUAUUGCAAAAGUCGUCUUCAUUGCAUUGAUAAGUUACUUGGCUUUAACUAAAGUUGAUAUUUCAUUGAAAGCAAAGAAAUGA